GACGAAGGCCCAACCUCCUCAUCCUGGGCCCAUCACCGCAAGCACUUCUUCAUCCUCAGCAGCGCCGGAAAACCCAUCUACUCCCGCUACGGCGACGAAGGCCGCCUCUCAAGCUUCACAGGCCUCAUCCAAGCCAUCAUGUCCUUCUUCGUAGACGACGACGACUCCGUGCGCUGCAUCAACGCCGGAAUCCAUCGUUUCGUCUUCUCCACCCAAGGCCCACUGUACUUACUAGCCAUCUCCUCAUCAGGCGAGUCUGAGAACCAACUACGUACCCAGCUCCAUCAUCUCCACACCCAGAUCCUCACCAUUCUCACCAGCGCGCAACUCACCCGGAUCUUCAAGACGAGAGGCAACUACGAUCUGAGGAAUUUACUCAGCGGCACGGAACACCAUUUGACCAACCUCACCCGCGCAUUCCCCACCGACGCGGGCCUCGCCCUCUCAUCCGUGCUGUGCUUGCCUGUGCCGGGCAGAGUGCGUGCCCUCGUGACGGGGGCGUUGGGUGGGGGUGGGGGUGGGGGGCAGGGGUUGGUGGGGUUGGUGUUUGGCUUGAUGAUCGCCAAGGGGAGGUUGGUAGCCCUCGUCAGGCCGAAACGGUUCAGUCUGCAUCCCGACGAUUACCACCACCUGACGAAUACGCUCACCUCAUCACCGUCGGCGUAUAAAUCGGGAGAUACCUGGACACCUAUCUGCCUCCCCCGCUUCAACCCAAAUGCGUUCUUACAUGCGUAUGUGUCCUUUUUGACGCCCGAGGUCUGCGUUGUGUGCGUGGGGACGGAUAAGGAGGGGUUUUGGGUCGGGAGGGGGUGGAGGGAGGGGGUGGGUGAGGAGUUGGAAAACAACGGCGCCCUAGCCGCCAUCGACACAGCAGUCAAAGCCGUCCCAUACAGUAUUGUGGAAGCAGGCAUCCCCGUCCUCCGUCACUUCAUAUGCGUCGCGAGCACCCUCGGGCAGUACACCGAGCCGGCGCCGGCGCCGCCGUAUACGAAUCCGGCGGAUUGGAAGAGGUUGUUGAAAACGUACCAUCGCGCCGCGGAGGUUAUGAGGCGAAAGGGGAGCGGGGAUACGGAUGCACAGACCUUGUUUUUGGCGAGCGCUACCGAGGCCGUCGUCUGCUGCCAGCGCACGCCCCCUUACGACAUCUACGCCGCCUUCGGCCCCCUCGUUGCCAAGCCGGCCGCAAUGGAAGCGCUGAGUGCGCUCGUGAAGUGGAUCAAGGGGAAUCAUGAGCGGUUGUUUGUG